AUGGCCAGUCUCUUCGGCGGUGGAUCUCGCGCACAGCCUACCGGCCAGCCCGACCAGGCGCGCCUCGCCGAGGCCGCGAUGGAGCUCGAAGCUGUCUCCGACCUCUUCACCCGCAUCGUCGCCAGCUGCCACACAAAGUGCAUCUCGACGAGGUACUCUGAGGCGGAACUCAACAAGGGAGAGAGCGUCUGCGUCGACCGCUGCGUUGCCAAGUACUUCGCCGUCAACGAGAAGGUCCAGGAGCGACUACAACUCGCCCAGUCCGCCGGCCAGCGUGUCGGCAUGUAA